AUUUUGCUGAGGCCCCGCGUAGAUCUGCGACCAGGGCCCCGUCGUCUCUGGUCUUUCUCCUCUGCUCGUCUGCGUCUCCCGGUUGCGUGCUACCUCGUCACCCUAAACGCGAUGCACUGGGCAUUUCGCUUUGGCCAAUGGAACGUGAUAUCUAUCUCUCCACAACAGCUAAGACAGACCAUAAUGGUGACUAUGGGCUUCAAAGAAUUCAGGAAGUGUAUGAGAAUUGGGUUGCAAUAUUUGUGUGUUUCACCUGUAACACUACCAAUAAAGGAU